UUUUAAUAAACAAGAUUAAUAAAAAAGGGAAAAAUACAAUCGGUAAAAUGUUGUGAUGGAUGAAGAAAAGUACGAAAAUAAAGGAACUGACGAAGCGGAGGAGCAGCGGGGUGUGUAACAAAUGUGCGAAUAAGUAGGAUACUGGGAGUGUUGACAGCUGAAGAAAUAAAUAAAAAUGAGUAAAGAAAAUGUAGAAAAUUUCGAUUACAAUAAUGUUUUUGUGAAGACGGAGCAAACGAGCGAUGUGGAGAUCGAGUGCGAGGAGGAACACCCGGAGUAUGACAUCGUCAAGGUGGAAAUCAAGAAUGAAACGGAGGAAUACAGUAGUAUUCACUACGAAAGGUACUCUCCGCCCCCCGCCCCGCCCUCCCCCUUGCCUGUCGUGAAGCCCGAGCCGCCGGACCCCUCCAAGACCUUCACCUGCUCCGAGUGCUCCUUCCGUACCAAGUGGAAGAACAGUCUUCGGGGCCACAUGAAGACCCACAGCGCCGCCGAGUUCGUCAAGCUGUACAAGUGCAAGCAGUGCUCCUACAAGACCAAGUGGAAGAACUACCUCGCUAAGCACGUGCGCAUCCACAGCACUCCCGAGCUGCUCGACAUGUACAAGUGCACCGAAUGCAGCUUCCAGACCAAAUGGAAGACGAGUCUGAAGAUGCACCAGUCCAUCCACUCGGUGAAGGACACCAAUCUCAAAAUCUACAAGUGCGGCAAGUGCACGUUCGAGAGCAACUGGAAGCAGUACCUCAAUCGGCACCUCAAGAGUCACCUGCCCGAGAGUUUACAGAAGCACAAGUGCUCCGAGUGCAGCUUCCAGACCAAGUGGAAGCAGUACUUGAAGGAGCACAUGAAGAUUCAUUCGGCGCCGCACACGGUGAAGACGUACACGUGUGCGGAGUGCCAGUUCGUGACGCGGUGGAAGCAGUACUUCAAGGAGCACGUGAAGAGGCACAGCAGUCCGAAGAAGGUGAGGGUGUGGAAGUGUUCGGCGUGCAUCUUCGAGGCGGAGAGCAAGUACGUCCUGAAGAAUCAUCUGAAGAAGUGCCACGACAUCACGGAUAAGGUGGAGUACUACCAGUGUUCGGAGUGCGUGUUCAAGACCAAGUGGAAGCAGUACUUGAAGCGACACGUCAAGCUGCACGACUCGGAUGCUUGCUACAAGUGUCCCGAGUGUCCAUUCGAGACCAAGUGGAAGAAUAGCUUGAUCGGGCAUCGAGCGGUCCACGGAGAGUCCAAAAUCGUACCUUUGUACCAGUGCAAUAUCUGCACGUUCAAGACGAAGUGGAAGAAUAGCUUGAACGGGCACAUGUCAAUACACAACCCGCCGGAGAACGUGAAGAUGCACAAGUGUCCCGAGUGUCCCUUCGAGAGCCGGAGCAAGACCUAUCUCAAGCGUCACGUCAAACUCCACAGCGGCGGCGACGACCUCGAGACCUACACCUGCCAGCAAUGUCAAUUCCAAACCAAGUGGAAGCAGUACUUCAAAGAACACGUCAAAAAGCACGACUCGCCCGAUUUGAUCCCGAUUUACAAGUGCCCGGAGUGCGAGUUCGUCACCAAGUGGCGCCAGUACUUCAAAGAGCACGUCAAGAAGCACCAAUCCCCGGAACUACUCAAGCAGUACUCGUGCGACGACUGCGAAUUCACCACGACUUGGCGCCAGAGCUACCGCGAGCACGUCAAGCUCCACAGCAGCCCCGACAAAGUCUUCCGCUGCAAGAGCUGCAAGUUCAAAACGAAAUGGAAGCAGUAUUUUCGCGAACACGUCAAGAAGCACACCAACCCCGACUCGGUCAAAGUCUACAGGUGUACGAUUUGUUCGUUCAUCACGAUAUGGCGGCAGUAUUUUAAAGAGCACGUGGAGCGGCAUAACUCCACGCAGAUUUACAAGUGUGCCAAAUGCGAGUUCGAGGGCGAGUCGAGGUACUUCUUGACCAAACACAUGCGCGAGAUGCACUGCCAGGAGGAGGCGCAGACGUACAAGUGCGGCAAGUGCGGAUUCACCACCAAGUGGAGAGAGAGUCUCAAGUCGCACCUGAGGGUCCACUCGAAUUCGAAGAACGUGCGGAUCUACAAGUGUUCAGUGUGUCUGUUCGACACCAAGUGGAAGAGCAGCUUCAACUCGCACAUGAGGAUGGUGCACAGCAAGCCCGAGGUGGUCAAGAGGUACAACACGAGGCAGAACAAGGAGGACGUAGAUGCUCAAGAAGAGAUUAUAUGAAAUAUAGAUUUUAUGGUAUAUAUACAUAUAUGCAGCUUUUAAGAAUCUGUGUCUAGGUACAUAUCUUGCAUUUGACAGUAUAUUGUUUUUAGACUUUAUUGAUAUAUUACGUACUGGUAGCGAGUAAAGAACAAUGAGUACUGA